AUGGUGAAGCAAUUCAUUUUCCAAUAUAAGCUUCCUUUUAUUGCUCUUCUAGAAACUAAAGUUGCUGGUAACAAAAUGCAUGAUAUUGCAAAAAAAGUGGCUAAAGAUUGGUGUUGGAUUUCAAAUUGUCAUCAAGCCAAUAAUGCUAGAAUAUGGAUUCUUUGGGAUAGUGAUUUUUUCUCAUUACAACUGCUUAGCUCCUCAAAUCAAUUCAUGACUUGCGCUGUUAAGUCAAAGGAUUACAGGCUAUCAUGCACUAUUGCUAUUGUCUAUGCUCUCAAUGACAAUUCUGGUAGGAAGGCUCUUUGGCAUGACAUUCUGGCUUUCAAAAAUAAUGUGACUGGUCCUUGGAUUAUAGGAGGGGAUUUCAACACUAUUAUCAAUAAUAGUGAGAAAAUAGGUGGUGUCCCAGUAUCUGAUUCUGAUACAGAAGAUUUCCUGGAUUUUACUUCUUCCAGCCAGCUUGCUCAUCAUAAGACAGCUAGGUGUUUCUUUACCUGGUGCAAUAGACAAGAGCUAGACUCUAGAAUAUGGUGCAUACUUGAUAGAGUCUUAGUUAAUGAAAUCUGGAUUCAAAAUUAUACCUCAAAUCAGGUUGAAUUCUUACCUCCAAGCUGCUCAGAUCACUCUCCAGGGUUGAUUAUUAUUGAAGAUGAGGAUUAUAUGGGAAAGAGGCCUUUUAAGUUCUUUAAGAUGUGGACAACUCAUCCAGAUUUUCUCUCUGCAGUGACUUCUAGUUGGGAAAAAACUGUUGUGGGCUAUAAUAUGUAUAAAUUUCAUACUAAACUCAAAAAUCUUAAAUCUGUUCUGAAGGAUCUAAACAAGAGGAAUUUCAUGAAUAUCAGUGAGCAAGUCUUGAGAGCUAAAAAUGACCUUAAGGAAGUCCAAAAGCAACUGAACAUAGAUCUUUUUAAUGCUGUGCUGAUUUCUAAGGAGAAAGAUUGUUUAAAUAAGUAUGUGAGACUGUUAGAUUGUGAAGCUUCUUUUUAUAGACAGAACCCUAACAUCAAAUGGGGAAUAUAUGGGGACAAAUGUACUCAAUUUUUCACUCUGUUAUGA